AAACAUUUGCUCGCAUCACACUUGGUGCAUUUGUGCAGUGUAAAAAAUUUUUUAGUGCGGCGAUGGCUUGAGAUAUUCGUGAAAAUUCCAUUCGGUCGAUCGAUGUGUGUUUUGAGUGCCAUCCAGCAUCCGGAGCAAGGUGCAUUGAAGGAUUGAGAGAUCGUUGGAACAAAUUAAUCGAAGCAGUGGAUUGCUAUUUCAAGUAACGGGGUCAGCCCAAUCGAAGUGCAAUGACCAGGCUUCACCCCAGAGGAACCGCCUUCUUGAUCACGGUUAACCCCAGCAUAAGGUAUUUAGAAUUAGACAAGAUGAUGUCUGAUCGGAAAGCUGAGUUAGAGAGGAAGAAGGCAAAACUGCAGGCUAUUAGGGAAGAAAAAGAAAGGCGCAGAAGGGAAAAAGAACAGAAAGAUGUAGAGGAAGCAACUGUCCGUGCUGCCGGCACGGAUAAAGAUCAACGCAAGGAGAUAGAUGCAAUGUUGUCCUCCUUGGGUGUAGCACCGGUAUCAGAUGUACUGUCUAGUUUAUCUAGCAUGAGUUCUUUAACACCUGAACAAAGUGCCAAUGCUACACCAGAUGCCAGUUUACAACCAUCUAGUAUAAACUCUGCUCAAAGUGCAGGACGAAGGAAGAAUCGGGAGCUCACAAUCGUUUCCGUGGCGCAUACAAACAUUCCUCCGAAGGAACCAGUUGUCUACAGCAAGCAAACGCAAACCAUUCAGACAACGCACACAUCCCACGACGGACUGUCCACAUCGUCCUCUGCAUACACCAUCUACUCCUCCUGUUCAACAACAACACCAACUCACUCUUGCUCCGCAGGCUACUUUGAGACUGACUGGUGGCGUCCCAGGAAAGGUGGGUCUGCACCAAACUACCUAUCUCAUGCAUUCGACUAUUACGACGAGUACAAUCUAAAUCCUGGUUUAGAAUGGGAGGACGAAUUUACAGUUUUGACAUUUGAUGAUGGCCAAGCCGAAGACGAGGAAAACAGCUUGCCGCACAUGGACGGUUUCCAGAGUAAGCUUCCACCAGGAAUUCUUCCUCAUGGAUUGCCGCAGGUUAAAGAAGUCCAGCCUGCUGUUACACAGGUAGAGCAAGAGAAACAGAAAGAAAAACCGAAGAAGGAAGUACGAGAGCUUAGCGAAGAGGAGAAGCAAAUGAUUAUCUUAUCGGAGGACUUUCAACGAUUUCUCGAUCGUACUAGCAGGAUUGUGGAGAGAGCAUUGGGUGAAUCUGUCGAUAUCUAUACCGAUUACACCGGCACAAUGGACGGUGAAGAUGGAAUGGACGAGAAGAGUCACCAACGACUCUGGCUAAAUCGUUCGUUCAUCUGCGAACGAUGGUCCCGUAAUCGUUGUGUGACUUCCAUGGACUGGUCGCCGCAAUUCCCCGAGCUUUUAGCAGCUUCGUAUAAUAACAAUGAUGACACACCGAACGAUCCCGAUGGAGUCUGUCUAAUCUGGAACACGAAAUUCAAGAAAACAACCCCGGAGUUUAUCUUCCAUUGUCAGUCACCCGUUAUGUCUACCACGUUUGCCAGAUUCCAUCCGAAUUUGAUCCUGGGCGGCACUUACUCCGGCCAGAUUGUACUUUGGGACAACCGAGUACAGAAGAGAACUCCAAUUCAACGCACUCCAUUGUCCGCUACCGCGCACACUCAUCCGGUAUACUGUUUGAGCGUCGUUGGAACGCAAAACGCGCACAAUUUGAUCAGUAUUUCGACCGAUGGCAAAUUGUGCUCAUGGAGUCUAGACAUGUUGUCACAACCACAAGAGGCAUUGGAAUUACACACGAAGCAGUCGAAGGCGAUUGCCGCCACGUGCUUGGCCUUUCCGCACGGUGACGUUAACAAUUUCGUAAUGGGAAGCGAGGACGGGACCGUUUAUUCAGCCUGUCGACACGGUAGCCGCGCCGGAUUGACGGAAACGUACGAAGGUCAUCAAGGACCAGUCACUGGCAUUAGCGCACACGCGGUGCAGGGUGGAAUAGAUUUCUCCCAUCUGUUCCUAACAUCCUCCCUCGACUGGACCAUCAAACUCUGGAGUUUGAAAGAAAACAAGCCGCUAUACUCUUUCGAACACAAUGGUGACUAUGUCUACGACGUCGCCUGGUCACCGACGCAUCCGGCAUUAUUCGCUUCCGUUGACGAUUCGGGCAGACUAGAUCUGUGGAAUCUGAACCAAGAUACAGAGGUACCUACCGCCAGCGUCGUGGUCGACGGGUGUCCAGCUCUGAACAGAGUGUCUUGGACGCCGAGCGGAUUGCAUGUUACCGUCGGUGACGAUACUGGUAAAAUAUGGGUCUAUGAUGUCGCAGAGCAUUUAGCUCAUCCAAGACUCGACGAAUGGAACAAGUUCUUGUACACGCAACAGGAUCUGAAGAACAACAAGGCGGAUGAAGAACUGGAUAAACUUAAUCUUAGUUCCGGCCCGUCUUCUUUAACCUCUAUGACAUCCAUUUCUUCAGUUCCUCUGAGAUAAAAAUUUAUCACUUAAAUAACUUUCUGUUCUAAGAUAGUUAAUCGCUCUAAAUACUUUUUCUUUGAUAUUGGUCAAACUGAUAAUACUUGCAAUCAUAUAAAAUAAUAAAAAAAGAAAAAAAAGUUUUAGUUAAUGCUUCGAUGAUUUUCUAGACGUAAAAAUUGAACAACUAGUCGCCAAUUUUCUACCCUUUGAUGUUAAUGAAAGUUGGCUAAAUUGAAACAAGUCUUAACACUAAAAAUAUAUCUAUUAUGUGUUAAAGAUAUUAAUAAAAAUUCUAAUAGAUAUAU